GUCGGGUCGAGUGAUCGAGUUUUUAUAUGAAUCACAAGAUCGGGUGUUUUAGACGUCCGCGACCCGAUUAUUCACGAGAACUACAGAUUUGAGAGUUAUUGUUUUAAAAAUAAAGUUCAAUUUAGCGUGGUCGGGUCGAGUGAUCGAGUUUUUAUAUGAAUCACAAGAUCGGGUGUUUUAGACGUCCGCGACCCGAUUAUUCACGAGAUCUACAGAUUUGAGAGUUAUUGUAAUGAAAAUAAAGUUCAAUUUAGUAUGGUAAACAAAAACCUUUCGAUCUUUUAAUCGAGUCUGCGCCCGGGCGGGUCACCAAACGGGUCACAUAAGAUCGGGUGUUUUUAACGUCCGCGACCCAAUUACUCACGCACAAGUAGUGAUCGGGUGUCGGAGAUUUGAUCAUUCGCGAUCGACACAGGUCUAAAACGAUUUAAGAUAGUUUGCUUUUGGUUUUGUGUUAUGUUGUGAAAACGUAAACCCACGUGUAGCGCAGAAUUUUAACAACAAAAUUUUAAUUCGUUAACAUCAACAUUGACGUCGGUUUAUGUUGUGAAGAAUAUAUCAACCUGCCUGUUUUUGAAGUUCAAUCACAAUGCAAAGGUUUUCGGAAAGUUGGAAUGUAAGGCGGCCUGAAUUUAACUAUCAAAGGUACAAGGAAAAUGUACAAUGGAAUCGACCACAUUCAAUGCACAUGCGAGGAAAUACUCUACAAAGUUGUGAUUACCAACACUGGUGUGAAACAUGUGAUAAAGGAUUUACAACUGCACGUUUUCUUGAAACUCAUAAACUACAGCAUCAGAAAUGUAACAUAGAUGGAUGCCAAUUUGUUGCUCAUCCAAAAAUUAUAACAAAACACAUACAAAUGCAACACUCAACUGGAUUGUUUCAAAGAAUAUCAAAACUAAAUAAUCCAGAAGACAUUAAGAAAUGGAGAGAAGAAAGGAGAAAGAGAUAUCCUACAUUAGAAAACAUUAAGAAAAAAGAAGCUGAAACCAAGGAGAAAAUAAAUAGAGGUGAAAAAAUGGGAUUAAAAUUUGACAGAAAUAGAAGAUAUGAUAAUAAAACAGGUGCACAGAAUAGAAAUAAUCAACAGCAUUUACAAACACAAAGGACAAGACACUCUCAAGAAAAAUAUAAUAGAAAUGUCACUAAUGACAGGAAAAGAGUUGCAACAAAUGUAACUAAGAGAUCAAAUUUUUCUAAAAGAAUAUGUAAAGCAGUUCCUGCUAUGGAAGAAAGCAGAACUUUAAAACCUUUUGAGGGUAUCAGGUUGUUACAAAUUGAUGAUGAUUUGGAUGAAGAAACAGAAUCAGAAAGUCCAAGCUGUGUUCCUAUUGAAGAUGAUGAGGAUACUGCUGAUACAGAAACUAAAGAAGUGAAAGAUCCUGCAGUUUGUAGUGCCUUAACAUCUUUAAUUUGUAAUUAUGAAUCUUCUGAUGAAGAUGAUAUUGAAACAAAAUCUGAGUGUAAAGAGGUAAAGAAACCAUCAAAUGACAAUAAUGUUAAGGCCAAAAAAGAAACAAAAAAUAAUAAAAUCAAUAAUCAAACUCAACCAAAAGUAAAAGCUGCUGAAAAUGUAAAAGUUCAGCUUGAAGUUUCCAAAAAUAAUCAACCUGAUUGUAAAAGUGUUAGUGAUGAUGAGAGUGGUCCUGAGGAGGUGGAAAUCAGCAAAGAAGGAAUUAAUUUGCCUGUUGAUGAAACUACAAUCUCUAAAACAAAAGCUACUAAAGAGUUACCUUCUAAGAAAUCAAAUGUGCCUCUAGUUAAAAGAAAUGAAUUAAGGAGAAAACAUAAAUUACCUUCAACACUUUUACAGAAAUUGUUACAUAAAGAAAUACAACAUGAACGGAAUUUGAUUCUGCAGUGUAUAAGAUAUGUUGUAAAAAAUAAAUAUUUUGAAAAUAGUUCAAGUUGUAAAGAAAUAUAAUAAGAGUAAAAUUUUUCUAGAAAGUGCAAAACAAAGCUAAUACAAUUACAGUAAUAUAAUUGGCUAUUAUUACGUUUUUCCUCACUGAGAGCAGGAUUUAUUAAUGUAGGGCAGCACAAGCUUCAGUGACAAUAAUCUUGAUCUAAAUAAAUAAUGUGUCACAUUGUUUGUCAUUGAUGGACUCCUUAAGUACUUAACUAAUUUUAAUUAUCACUGUGUGAUUGAACUUGAAAGAUAGGAUAGCUUAGGGGCAGGAGUAGGAUACGUCAGGGAGGAAGUUAGUAUAUAAGUCAAAGCAAAGCGACUGGGUCAGCCACAUUAUACAUUUUUUUUAAAAUAUGCCUACAAUAAAAAAAUAUAAUAAAAAAUUGUCCACUUCACGCUUAUGUGCUGCUUAUGUGUCAGUGCCAAUUUUUAGUAAAAACUAGUGAUAAAGUGUGAAAGAAUAGAAAACAUUUCUAAA